AUGUUUGACGAUUUGAUAAAAUACUGUAUUGACGAAAUAGCACUUGACGGCGAGCAAGGCUCGAAUUUUUUUCGUCUAUGGAGCUUUGUAACAGAAUUUAUCAAGUUGAAUUAUUCUCAAGACUCUUCCUCAACACAUUCCGAUUCUGAGACUCAUGAAGCUUCAAGCCGUGCAAUCCCCCUUCCAAAUAUUGACGACGCGUUCAGAGAGUACUUUUGGAAACUAUUCGUUAGUACGCGUGAAGUCUCAUUCGCAAAAGUUUCUUUGAACAAUGAACAGAGUAAUGAAGCUACAUCUUCGAAGAAAAAGGCUCCUCCAAAGGCACCAACGCUCGAAUCGAUCCAGGUCGACAAUUUAACAUUACAAGAGGUUAAUUCAAAGUAUGGCAAUUCUUUAGUCAUGAUAGCUAAACCUGAACGUCAGAAGCACGCUUUAUAUGGAUCAACGGAUUCAUCACGGCAGGUUACUCCACAAGUCUACGAAAUUCUGCAACUCAUAGCACGAAAGAGGGCUCAAGGAGAAACUCAAUCGGAAAUUGCCAAAAAACUUUCUAUUGAUCCUAGAUCAGCGUUUCACUACAUAAGAACCUUAGUUAACUUUAAAUUAAUUGUCAAAUUGCCAGUAGUAAUACAAGGAACAUACACCAAUCUGUGUAUACUCGCGAAAUGUGCACCCGAUAAUCAAGCAUACGCCGGGAAAUCUGUUUACCUUCCGAAAGAAUCACCAAUUCCCGAAUCUCUAAAUAAUGGUAAUAACAAUAGUAGCAAUAAAGAUAACAGUACAGAAACAAGCAUUGAAAAUUUGAACGAAGGAGUGUCAUAUACUUCUGAUCUAAUAAGACUCAGGAUGACUGAAAUUCUGGCGCAAGCUAAAAAUAAAAUAAUGUUGGCUACGGAUCUAAUGAAGGCAUUGGGAAUGCAUAAUCCUAGUGUCAAACAACGUCGAUGGUUUAAUCGUACAAUUGGGACCAUGCAUCAUCAAGGUUUCAUAGAAAAAGUGAAUGUCACUCAAAAGGGAAGCAACAGACUUGAUCGAUGUGUUAAACUAGUGAAGCUAUAUGAAAAAUCGAAGGAUAAGGAUGCAUCGUCCAAAGGUAAAGAAAUCGUCCAAGCGUCGUCAUCAUCUGGUAUAAAUAAAUCUUCGGAGGAAUCCUCGUCUCAGUCUCUACUAAAAGGACUAUUCCCAAAUCUUCCACUUGAGAAUCAAGUGUAUCGUUUGAUUGAACUAUCGGGAGAAAAAGGAAUAAUUCCAGCGACUCUUCAUCGUUCACUUAGCAAUCUUAACAAUCGCAUCCUAUAUAAAAUUCUUGGCCGGCUCUCAAAACCAGUUCAAGAUAAGCCAUUGUAUUUAGGCGUAAAGCGAAUUGCAGAGUUUCAUGGGCGUGAGCGUCAUUAUCGUUAUUUCACUGUUGACGCCUUUAAGAAAUUCGAACAGAAUCAUGGUAUGACCGGGGAAAAUAACCAGCAAGAAUCAUCUACAUCCACACCAUCAGCAGAUCAGACAGGAGCAGAAAUAAGCGAUCCACUCUUUGCAGACAUCAAAUUGUUGGAAGAUGGACAAGAGAAUAAGAAUCAAGAUUUUAAAAUUAGGAAAUACAAGAGAAAAAUGACGAAGAACAACAAUAAAGAAAAAUCCUCGUCCUCUUUAGGGAUAAUUGAGAAUUCACAAAAAGAAACACAAAUCUCUGAUCCCGUCAUUGAACCUUCUGGUCCUCCGAAAGAAGCUACUUUACCGCAAAGAAAGAAGCGCAAAAGCAAGUCAAGCGAGCCAUCAAUCUUAAAGAUUCAAAAUGAUGCAUUUCCACCGUCCUCCUUGGAGACAAUUGAGACCUCAAUAAUCUUUUCUGAACCCGUCAUUGAAUCAUCUGAUCCUCCGAAAGAGACUACUACUCCACCUAAAAGAAAGAGAGGCCGUCCUCGCAAAAACGAGUCAAGCAAACCUUCAAGUUCAAAGAGUCAAGACAAUGUUAUUUCCCCAUCCUCCUUAGAGACAAUUGAGAAUUCACAAGAAACACAAACCUCAAUAAUCACUUCUGAUCUCAUCAUCGAAUCUUCUGAUCCCAUUAUCGAAUCUUCCGAUCCCACCGUCGAAUCUUCAAGAAAGAGACACAAAAAUGAGUCAAGCGAGCUUUCAAGCCAAAAGGGUCAAGAUGGUGUUGUUUCUUUGCCCUCCUUGGAGACAAUUGAGAAUUCACGACAAGAAAUACAAACUUUAGUAAACACAGGCGAGGCAAUAAAGAAAAAGAAGAAACAGACUCAGAGUUCAAAUUUAGUCCAGUCAAUCAAUGCUCACCGGCGUGAAAGGAUUAUAUCGCAACUUUUGGAAGAGCACAAAAUUUUGGAAUGUAAUCAUAUCCUAAUUAAACAAUAUCAAGAUGUAGAAGCUAAAGAACUCAAUGCAACUUCUCUUCCCCAUACAAUCGACAAGAAAACUCUUAUUCGAACCGCUUCCAUAAUGGAACAAAAAGGAUUGCUCAGGCAAUACACCGUAGCAUCCCUUAUGUUAAAUGGCAGCAAUAAUACAAAGCUUCUCUUUUUACACCCAUCAUUGACACCGUCCAGUCCACAGGUGAAGCAAUACAUUCAUACGAUGGACGAUAAAACUAUUAUGCACGGUGGAGUAUUUAAACCUCUCAAAAUAGAGGAGGAAGUCGAAAUUGAAACUUUUGAAGAAAUGAAAAAACGAGUGGUAGCAAUGGAAACUUUAUUCGAGUCUACCGAGGAGAUGUCAACGCCAUCAUCAAGUAAUAAACUUUCUUCCAAUGGACAACAAUGCGCUAUCACAAUAAAUGAUGAACUGACUGAAGCGAAUCAAGAGCAUGAAUUUUGGUGGCUUAACACUGCACAAGAUUACGGCUGGAUAAAUGCAAAAAUGAUUCGCGCUAAAUUACUGCAUCAAUUCCUUUUUACCAAGAUUGAAAAAGCUUCUGCAGACGAUAAAAGAAUCCUCAAAGAAAAACGAAUAUUCCAAACUGUAAUGUUACUUCGUGAUCUCCCAUUGGAUUUAUAUCUAAAACUUAUUGGACAGACAAUCGCUAGUCAACAACUCAGCGAUUAUAUUCAAUCGGGUAAAGAUAUGUCAGUCAAUAUAAUAGUCUUACCGGUUGAGAUCCGUACUAGCAUUUUUUCGGGUAACUAUAAAUUCCGGCAAAAUCUUAAGAGGUUGAUUGACAUACUUGUUGCUCUGGAUAUCCUCAAGCCGAUAUCCCGAGAGUUUGACGAGGAAGGAAAUUCCUAUUUUGAUUCCUCGAAUGAUGCAUACAAAGACAAUUAUAGCGAAGGAAGUAAUAAUACAUCAGGAUCGACUUCCUCCCCACAUAAAUCUCGAUUUCAUGUACUCCAUCCAGCAUAUCAAUUAUCCAUUCACGUCCCCAUGCUAGACUAUUCUAUUUCUGCACCUGAAAGAAAAAUACUUCGAGAAUAUGUCAUUGAAUCCAUGGAUGAUGUGAAGAGAUAUUGGAGUGAAUUACAAUUUGUCGCACAACAACAAGCUUCCGGUAAAAAUGAUAGAAAUGAAAUGGCACAAAGUGAUGAUGAAGCGAAUCAUUCGAGUGGCGAAGAAAGUCAACUGGAAUCCACAUCAAUGUCUCCCAGCAAGAAUAAAGUUGACAAAAAGAAGAAAAAUAUAUCUUCUCGCAAUGACAAAAUAGAUCCACUUUGUAGUAUUAAUAAUCCACGGAAUUGGCUCGUAACUUAUCCUCUAACUGCCGCUCAAAGAAAAACUCUCGAAUCUUAUGUUGAUCGCAAAAAAGGCAAGACUCCCUUAGAGGAUGAUUUACAAUGUCGUCAAAUUUCGAAUAAUAUUAAUUUGCCCUUGCAAAGAGUAAGAAUGUACUUCAAACGAGUCGAAGAAGCUUACGAAAGUAAAAAUCAGAAUAAGAUCGAACGAAAAAAUUUACGAAUGGAAAAGGAAUCGCGUCGUAAAGUGGCUAUCAAAUCGAUAGGUGUUGUUGCUACUGGCAAAGGUGCACCGUAUUUUAGGAAAAAAGCAGAAGCAAAUCCAAAUAGAAUAAGGAGAGGUGAUGAAGAGAAUUUACCCAUCAUUCCAGAUGAAGAAGAAAGAUACCAAACACAAUAUGAGACUGCUAUGAUACGAAAUCGACCAAAUUGGACACCAAAAGAGGAUGAAAUUUUAAUUCAUGCUUAUGUCAUACUGCGAAUUCGUUCUCUAAAGUCAAGAUUUUUCUGGGCUGCUGCAACAAUAGUUUUGCCCGAAAGGUCGAACGAGAUGUGUCGUCGUCGUAUUAACGUAUUGCUUAAGAAUGCCGCAAAGCAAGAUCUCAUCAAUAAUCUUAUGGCAAGAUGGAAAAUAAUAUAUAAAGAAGGCAUACGAAAGGGAGAAAUAAUCGAUAAAGAUGAUGUGAAUAUGCACAACUUUGAUUUACCUUCUCAGGUUGAAUAUUUCAUGAAGGAAUUGGCAAAUACUACAAGUAUUCGAGAUACGAUUACUGUAAUUCCGCUGCCACGCGAUAUCCAACAAUUUCGCAAGUUAUUCGAUGUGACAUAUUCUUCUCAGAAUCGAGAAAAGGAUUAUUUCUUUGAAGAACAACUUUCAGGAAUGUCACUUCGGGCAAGAAUGAAAUUAUUAUAUUCAUAUUCGUUUACAUGUCGCCUCGAUCAUAGAGAGUGUUUUUAUGAACAUCCGAUCGUUUAUGAAAAAUCUAAGAUAAAAUUCGACUUGAUAGAGGCGGUGGCAAAGAUGAUUCUUAUGACCCCUGACGAUCAAUAUGAUCCCGCGCAUGCUUUUACCAUUCUUAAUCGAUAUCCUGAAGAAACCGUCACUGAAGCUCUCGAAAAGUAUAAGCAAAUGGGUGCGAUAGUAAAGAUGAAAGGAAGUCAUUCUAGAAGAAUACCUGGCAGGAAUUUUCAUGUCUCUGAUAGGUUCCUUUCUGUUAUGCGCGGAGGUUUGCCUGAUCGACUAUUUACACAAGCAGCUGCAUACAGCAAUUCUUGCAAAGAAGAACAUGAAUUUUCAGCUUUUUCUGAUAGCGGAACAAUGGCUUGUCUGUUGGAUAUGAUUGUCCACAAAAAGCUUUCCUUAUCCGAAGCAACAUUGCCACCUUUUGUCAACGAAUCUGUUGUCCUGAAUCGUAAAAGCCGGAAUGCUAACCUUGAAAGGUUGAACUUUAAUGUAAUAAUAAAACCAGUUGGAGGUCAAGAACCGUCAUCAGAAAAUAAUGCCAUGGAAAUUACGCAAGAAUCAAGCGCAUCGUUAGCAGGAAAUAGCAAUGAUCCAAAUUUAUCCGGAACAAGACAAAUGGCCAAUCGUGAUACCCAGACGAACAAAAAAAGAAAAUUCAUUGAAGAUUUGCCAAAUGAAAACCACUCAAAACGUGUCAGGCGCGUUGACACUGAUGAUGAUGGUAACCCUAAUUUCCUCGAUGAGGAAAAAAAUCAAAAGUUGUUUGCAGAAUUUGUUGCAGCGCAAAAAGAUGGCACGAGUAAAAGUUGCUUAAAUGCGAUUUUCCAUGUAAUUUCUAAAUUUAAGGAUUUGGGAGUCACACUUCUAUCAUUGAAAGAAAUUUUGCAUAAUAACUCGGUUGUAAUUUCUGAUACAUCACUCAGACACUAUUUAAAUAUGCUGGAAUAUAAUGAGCCCAAAUUGAUACGAAAAGUUGGCUAUAGUAUGACGCGUUAUAUUUGCAGUUGUUACGCGACAAACUGGAUGAUUCAAAUUGGUAACAUCUCACAACAGCUUUCAUCCAAAAAUAAAACACGGAAACAAUCAUCAUCAUCUCCACCUUAUGCAGAUCCAAAAGAAUUCGCACCACCGCGUAUGUGGUAUGAUAUCAACGGAUCAAUUAUUGAAACAGUAUUUCGUGGAUGUCUUGAAGCCGUGAUAGGAGUGAUUUUACAGAAACCAGGCAUCUAUAAGUCCAAUAUUCAGCGAAAACUUCGCUUAAUCAUGUCAAGAUGUGAAAUUGAAGAUUGCCUGGAAGAGCUACUCCAAAGAAGAAUUAUAUCUGAACGGUGCAUUUUGAAGCCUCAGAAAGUCUCGUUGUUUUCCAAACCACGCGAGUUUAAAGAAUGCGAUCCAGAUACCAUCGAUUCACAAAAAAUAUCAACAUUUACUGUAAAUUCUGGAUAUUAUCAUUACUAUAAAGAAUCAAUGAAUGAAGGAAUAAGAGAUAAUCGAGCGCAGCAGAGAUAG